AUGGGCAACCUAGUCCUGGGACCCGAGACCGACUCCUUCUAUGGACGUCCAGGCCUCUCCGGUCCCGGGCCAUUUGCACCCUCCGACAUGACGACAUCACAUUCCGGCUUCGGUCAUGCUGCAGCACCGGGCCUGUCAUCGUAUGGCUCUUUGCCGGCUGCCCCGGUCAGGAACGACCUGCUCCAAUGGGCCUUUCUGAGCGACGACACCAUGUGGAACGUCGUUGGCGAGUACGUGUAUGGUGAUCCUAACGAGACGCUCGAGCUCUUCAACGGGUUUGAUUUUGGGUUGUCGUAG